AGAACAGAUGAAUCGCCAGUGGAGGCAGAAACGCUCUCAUGCUGCGCGCCACAGAUCCAGUAGAAGUGCGGUAAGCUUCAUUAAGAGGUCUGCCAACUUCCGCUGAGGAAAGAAAUAUUCCUGCAUCUGAAACCGGAACAGUUGCCCUAAUACACGAGGCGAGGCAUUUCAUCGCGACGGGAUUCACAGAUUGAAUAUUAGUCAUAAAAAAGAACUCUUUGAUGACCAAAACAGGAAGAUAAGUUUGUGGAAGGAAGCGAGAAGGAAAUGACACCUAACCCUCUAUUUCUGUUUCUCAUUCUGUCUCUUACAAACAGCAGAGCAGAGAAUGCAGAGGAACGUCUAGUAAACUACCUGCUGGGACCAGAACGCUAUAACAAGCUGAUCAGACCAGCAGUAAAUAAAACCCAACAGGUCACCAUCUCCCUACAGGUCUCUCUGUCACAGCUAAUCAGUGUGAAUGAGAGAGAGCAGAUAAUGACCACCAACGUAUGGCUGUCUCAGGGAUGGCAUGACUACAGACUAAGAUGGGACCCGGACAAAUAUGAAGGCAUCAAAACACUGCGAAUACCAUCCAAACUGAUCUGGCUUCCUGACAUAGUACUCUAUAAUAAUGCUGAUGGAGUCUAUGAAGUUUCCUUCUACUGCAACACUCUAGUGUCCAACACGGGUGAUAUAGCCUGGCUUCCUCCAGCUAUUUACAAGUCUGCCUGCUCCAUCGAGGUGCAGAAUUUUCCUUUUGACCAACAGAACUGCACCCUCAAGUUUCGCUCCUGGACAUACGACCACACAGAGGUGGACCUUAUCCUCACCAGUGACUUUGCCAGCCGAGACGACUUUACCCCGAGUGGAGAGUGGGACAUUGUCUCACUCCCAGCCCGCAAAAACGAGGACCCUAAUGACAUCACCUACCUUGACAUCACUUAUGAUUUUGUGAUCAAGCGAAAGCCUCUAUUUUAUACCAUCAAUCUAAUCAUCCCGUGUGUGCUGAUAACUUCGUUGGCCAUCCUGGUUUUCUAUUUGCCUUCAGACUGCAGGGAGAAGAUGACACUGUGUAUCUCUGUGCUGCUGGCUCUCACUGUGUUCCUCCUGCUGAUAUCCAAGAUUGUGCCACCCACAUCUCUAGCAGUACCGCUCAUAGGCAAAUACUUGAUGUUUACCAUGGUGCUGGUUACAUUUUCCACUGUCAGCACAGCCUGUGUUCUUAACGUUCACCACCGAUCCCCAUCUACUCACUACAUGCCAGACUGGGUCAAACACCUCUUUCUGGUUCGCCUUGCAACUUUCCUCCUCAUGAGACGCCCAGGCUCUUCAAAUGUCCGAAAUAAACUCCGCCAGAAGGUCACUAGCAGGAAUCCCAGCAGUAAAAGCGGUUCCCACAGUGUCACAGGCAGGAGGCAGCACUCUGAUGCCAGACUUGGUGGAAUCCCAGCCGACCGCAACUCUUUCUAUGUUAACGAGGACUUGGCAUACAAUUGUUGCUGGAAUGUGGGCGAUGCCCAGGAUUCUCCAGAUAUUGGGAGGCCUACAGCAGGGCAGCUGGAUGCAGAGCUGGAAGAGGCAGUGGAUGGAGUGAAAUACAUUGCCGAACACAUGAAGAUGGAAGAUGGCAAUGAAGGGAUCAUUGAGGACUGGAAAUACGUGGCCAUGGUGAUAGAUCGCCUCUUUCUUUGGAUCUUCAUCCUGGUGUGUGUGGUGGGAACACUGGGACUCUUCAUGCAGCCCCUUUUCCAGAGCUAUAACACACCAACAGCUGAUGACUCAGAAUAUGGAGAUUUCUAGAGUCUUCUCGGGUCUUCGACACAGAGGAGAAAACUUCAAGCAAACAUCUCUUUCUGAAAGCUUAAAAAAUCCCCAGCAGCAAUCAGUGGCUGUUGAUUGGAUCUGAUGCCUAAUCAGGGCAGCAAGCUACACAUGUUGAAUUUGCAACAUUGCAAUUUAAAUGAGGACCGAAUUGGACAAAGAUUCAACUUUCUGCUUAUCUAAAUGGAUUUUAAAGCUUUCAGUCAACAUGAUGAAGACAAGAGAUGAUGUCCUAAAAUAAACUAUGCAGGGACAGAUUUUGAUAUUUUGGAAGCUCUGUCAGACUUUGGAUUGGGUUGAAUGCUUAGCAGAUAUAAUGCAACAAAGACACGGCAUUGACAUCCCACUGUGAGUCUGAUGACAUCAUAUUUUGCUCACUGCACUGCCGCUAUAAAACUAAGAACAUUUAAAGCUGUUUUUCACUAUGAUAUCACUCAAUAAAUAAUUUCUACACAACAUGCUCGAUUCAAACCAAGAUUUAAUUUCACAAAACUGGGACAUUUUGUCUUUUUCAUGGUUCCUUCACCAUAAAAUUGUCAUUGCACAAUCUCUUGUCUCUAUUUAUGCUUCAGUGGUGAGCAGCUCAUUUCCAUCUAAAGCAACAUUGUAAAUCUGCAUUGCCCUACUUUAGAGGUUACUUGAGCUUGUUUUGGGUCUUUUCUUUGUUUCUCCUCUUUUCUUAGUCAGUUUUGUUUGUGACAUUUCACGUCACAAAAUCUGUCUGAGAAUCACAGAGUGCAGGAAAAAAAUGUCCCCAAAAGACCAAAUGACAAAACGUGAUGUAAAGGCAGUGAAAGAGUGAUUUUUUUUUCAGCAGGAGCUUGUCUACUUCUCCAAAUCCCUGUUUUAAUGGCAAAUUCUCAUGACGUGAAACACGAGACCAUUUCAAAACUUUGAAUCCCCUUUCACAAGCUAUACAGGGAAAAUAGACUGAACAAUAAAGAUACUUUAAA